CAUACUCUCUACUCCGUGGUGUGCUUUCUUCUUCGAAGGGCAUAAACCUCCCUCCUCCCUUUCUGCAAUUCCUUUGCCUUAGAAAUGGGGAAGGUGAAGGGGAAACAUCGGUUGGAUAAGUUCUACCAUCUUGCGAAGGAGCAGGGUUACCGCUCUCGAGCGGCGUUCAAGCUCCUUCAGCUCGAAGCCAAGUUCAGCUUUCUAGGUUCGUCCCAUUCGGUUCUCGACCUCUGCGCCGCCCCUGGUGGUUGGAUGCAAGUCGCCGUGCAGCGUGUACCCGUUGGUAGUUUUGUCCUUGGUGUCGACCUCUUCCCCAUCAAACCAAUUCGUGGUGCAAUCUCUGUUGAGGAAGACAUCACUACGCAGAAGUGUCGCUCUACCAUUAAGAAGCUGAUGGGUGAGCACGGUUGCAGGGCGUUUGAUCUUGUGUUGCACGAUGGGUCUCCCAAUGUGGGAGGAGCUUGGUCACAAGAGGCAACCAGCCAAGCCGCCUUGGUCAUUGAUGCUGUGAGGCUGGCCACUGAGUUUCUGGCGCCCAAAGGGACCUUUGUCACCAAGGUUUUCAGAUCACAAGACUACAGUGCUGUGCUCUACUGUUUAAAACAGCUAUUUGACAAGGUUGAGGUCACUAAACCUGUUGCCAGCCGUUCAUCAUCUGCAGAAAUCUAUGUUGUGGGGAUAAGCUAUAAGGCUCCUGCAAAGAUUGAUCAGCGUCUUCUUAAUGUGGGGCAUCUAUUUCAGGGAGCUGUUGAACCCCCCAAGGUCGUGGAUGUUCUUAGAGGAACAAAGCAAAAGAGGCAUCGUGAUGGGUAUGAGGAUGGCAUUACAACUUUAAGGAAGGUCUGCUUGGCUUCAGAUUUUGUGUGGUCCGAGUCUCCACUUGAAAUUCUCGGUUCAGUUACUUCUAUAUCCUUUGAUGAUCCAGCCUGCUUGUCCAUAAAAGACCACAGUUUAACAACAGAAGAGAUUAAGUUACUUUGCGAUGAUCUGCAUGUUCUGGGAAAGCAGGACUUCAAACAGGUUUUGAAAUGGAGAAUGCACAUCAGAAAGGCUCUGUCCCCUAUGCAAAAGGCUACUGCUAUGGCCACAGAUGUUGAAGAUGACCAUAAGGAAGAUGAUGAUGAGAGGAUGCUCAAUGAAAUGGAGGAGUUGACAUAUGCUAUGGAGCGCAAGAAAAAAAGAGCUAAAAAACUUCUCUCUAAAAGACAAGCUAAGGAUAAAGCACGGAAAGCAAUGGGGAAGCAAAUAGAUGCACUAGAAGAUGGAUAUGUUGAUCAAGAUUUGUUUGCUCUUUCUUCUAUUAAGGGAAAGAAAGAUCUAGUAGUUGUGGAUACCACAGAAGCAGAUGAUGGGAAUGGUGGCUCUGGGGAUAGUGAAAAUGAAGAAACUCCUAAUGGUGGACGCCUAGAGAGUCCACCUACUGAUGUUGAUUCUGAUGAAGAACAGAGACGGUAUGAUGAACAACUAGAGGGGUUCCUUGAUGAGGCUUAUGAGCGAUAUUUGAUCAGAACGGGAGGAAGUACAAAGCAGCGGAAGCGAGCAAAGCGAAUACAUUCUAAAGAUGGAAAAGAAUCAUUGGAGGGUGGUGAAGAUGAUGAGUUAGUUAAUUUGGGUGAUGAGUCUGACAAAGAACAGAGUGAUAAUGAAGGGAACCCUCUUAUGGUACCUCUUGAUGAGGAUGAUAAGCAGACCCAGGAGCAGAUUAUGGAGAAGUGGUUCAGUCAGGAUAUAUUUGCUGAGGCUGUAGAAGAAGGGGCUUUAGAUAAGAAUGACAGUGAAGAUGAAAUGGAGGAGGAUUUGCAGGAAGAAAAGCUCCCAAUCCCUGGAAAGGUAAAAAAUUUAAAUCAUCUCUCUGCUGAAACAAAAGCCCCUAAACUCCGUGGUUCCAAGGUAGAAGAGGAUUUUGAGAUUGUACCUGCCCCAGCUACAGACUCCAGCGAUGACUCAUCCUCAUCCUCUGAUGAAUCAGAAGAGGAAGAUGAUGAUAAAAAAGCUGAGAUACUGGCUUAUGCAAAGAAAAUGCUGAGGAAGAAACAGAGGGAACAGAUGGUUGAUGAUGCUUAUAACAAGUACAUGUUUGAUGAUGAAGGUCUGCCAUCAUGGUUUUUGGAGGAGGAAAAGAAGCAUCGCCAGCCAAUUAAGCCAGUGACCAAACAGGAGAUUGCAGCAAUGAAGGCACAGUUUAAGGAGAUUGAUGCCCGUCCAGCCAAAAAGGUCGCUCAGGCCAAAGCACGUAAAAAGCGUGUUGCCAUGAGGACUCUUGAGAAGGUCCGCCGGAAGGCAAACACUAUUUCUGACCAGACAGACAUCAAUGAACGGUCAAAAAUGAAAAUGAUUGACCGACUAUACAAGAAAGCAGCGCCAAAGAAGCCUCAGAAGGAGUAUGUGGUUGCUAAGAAGGGUGUCCAAGUCAAGGCCCCUGGCAAAGGAAAGGUUCUAGUUGACCGGCGAAUGAAGAAAGAUUCAAGAACUAGUGGAACGAGUAAGCAAAAAAAGGGUGGUUCGAAGAAGGGCAAGAACACAAAGGGUAAAGUAUCUGGAAAAGCUUCAAUGAACAACAGAAAGAAAGGAAACAAAGGAAAGAAGGGUAGUAUGCGUGAUUGAGCUUGUGAAGUUGUGCGGGAAUGCAAGCUAUCAUCUCACCCUCAUGUGGGAGGGUUUCUUGAUUACUCUUUUCCUCUGCUAAGUAAUUUUGUGAUAAAUUCCUCUUGGUUGAUAAAUUAUUUUGAUGUGUCCU